AUGACCCGCGCCCAGCAGACCAUCUCCCUCGCGCUUCUCCUUUACCUCGCGCUUUACCUCCAGCUCAUUCCCAUCCCUGCUAAGAUCCAAACCGAGAUCGUCCCUGUUCUACCCUUCUGGGUCCUCAUCUCCUUCGGAUCGUACCUCCUCGCCCGUCUCGGAUACAACGUCAUGACCUUUAACGAUGUGCCCGAGGCGCACAAGGAGCUGAUGGCGGAGAUUGAUGAGGCCGUUGUUGACCUGCGGAAGCUUGGCGUCGAUGUUGAUUACGACUAA